CCCCCGAAUAUCCAUCCACCGAGACGAUGUCGAAAAGAAUUAUUGACGUACUAUGCUCCCGAAACCCGUCGCCGAUGGAUCUAAUUAUAGAUGGUGGAAGGAAUACGCGAGCAGAAGAUUGGAUCCUAGUCGAGGGAUGGGAACCAUGGCCUGACUUCACUUACGGUACCCUCACCAAGCUCUUCCACGAGUAUCUAAACAAGUCCGCCGGAUCGCUAGUCCAACAAGACCCGCUUCUGACCGAUGACCGGAUCAUAAACGAUGAAAAGACCUGUGAGGUUUUCCUGGGGCGCUACAUUAUGCCAGUCGUCAACGGAGCACUCGCGAAGAUGUUGCCAGCCACGAAGCGUGCUAGGAGCCCCUACAUAGGGUCUGGGUCUACCAUUGGAAGCACAGCAGAUUGGGCCGUCCGAAGAUCACUUGACGACGGGACGUUCGAGCCGUUGCUCCCAGGUGACACCAAACUGGCACAGAAAUGGGCCCGGAAAUGAAUGACGUGGAGCAACGGAACCUGCCUGUGUCUCAAGUGCUGACAUAUGCGCACUUGAUUGGCAGUCGCUAUGGCUUCAUCAUCACCCAGUCCCAUCUAGUCGUCCUCCGCUUCUGCCAAGAACCCAUCGGCGCAGGCACAGCGCUAUCUCGACCUCGCCGAUCAGGGGCCGGACAGGGGUUUUCCCAAAGUAUCUAUUCGGGGAGUACUGACAUAUCAUCUGCUAUGGAGAAUAUGUCCCUAGAUACUGGGUAUAUAUCCUAUGUUGACCAAACUGACGACUACUUUCCUCCCGAGUAUUGUUCAAUACACUGGAAUACCCAUGGCAAACAGAACCUGACGAUAAAAUUGGCGCUUGCUUGUCUCUGCCUUCUCGCGGUGAUCGGGCCUAGGGACAUCCACGAUCGCCCUUAUCCUCCGCUGGACAGUUGGGUUGCAGCAGUUCCGGAGGGCUAUUUUCACGUCACUACCGGGCAGUAUAAGAAACGCUUGGACAAGAGCGAUCGCUAUCACCAACCCGUCGAAGAUGAUCAACAGCAUGGCACGUUUAGUGAACCAUUGGAGCAUGGUCUGGAGGCCAGCUUUGAUGUGCCGGCAGGCGGUUUGGAGUACAGUCAGUUGCAGGGCGCCCAUCAGCAGGGCGGCCCAGGUCCUUCAACAAUGAGAUCAAGGAGAGCAAGACAUGAGGCUUUUCAGGGUGAUUACACGGAGCCACAAAUGGACGACGAGCUCUACGAGUGGUGACGAACAGUCUCGGAGGGACGGACCAAUGAUACUGUAAAAGA